UCAACUUCCCUUGACUACGCCUAUCCGCCUCCAAACCUCGUUCCCUGAAGUUCGAAACGCGUAGGAUCCUAGGAAACUCACAAAGCUGAUGUGGCCUUUCGACCACGAGCGCGUCCGUUGCGAAACGCGUUCCUCGCGACGGCUGGCUUUCGCGGCGGUGACCCAAGGCCGCGCGCCCGUGUGCUUGACUCGUCGGAGGGUCCCGCGGGGAGGCGUGGUGUGGUGGCGGGAGUGGCGAGGCGUGGUGCGGCGGCGGGAGUGGCGAGCUUCUUUAACGUACCACAGCUGCGACGAUGCCGUCAGUAGUAUCCUCGGUCGCCCGUCGUCGUCAUCACCAGCGCCGUUCUCUCCGUCGUCUCCACCUGGCAGUCAGCUUAUGCCAUUAUCUCUCGUCUCGUCUUGUGAACCGCCUCUCGCGGGGCCACCAGCCUCUCAGCGAGCCUCGCUCUGACCCAGUAGGGCCGUCUGUAGAAAGCCCGCAGCUCACUAUUCUCGUCUCUCAAAGAGACGGUCCUGUCACCCCGUGCUCUCAAAUCUGCUCUCACUUCCUCUGAAGCCCGCGGCUCAAACCUGCUCUCUCCGGCGGCUCAUCCGAGCCCUGCGGCUCCUCAAGCUGCACAUCAAGUCCCAGAAGCUGUCGCAUCAGCUGUCGCAUCAGCUGUCGGAUUCUUGCCUCGCAUCCGAGAAGCUGUUGCGUGCUGCACGGCAUGAUCAGGCGUUGGAGCUCCAAGGCCGUGAUUGCGCCUUUUCUCCUUGCUGCGAGUCAGCUGCAGUUAUCGCUGGGAGGGGACUCUGCUAGCACCGAUGGGGCUAACUCUAAUGUUAUCGAACCAGCAAACAAGGCGUAUGUCAUCGGACGGCCAGCAGCUCUGUUGGGCACAAGGUUGAAGAUCAACAAUUGCCAGAUCACUGCCUUCACCUCGCUCCGCUGUGUCGACAUUCCAGCCAAGGCGGGCGGGCCGCGGGAGGAAGAAUGUGCAAGUGGCGUGGGCGCAGGGUUAAGACGAUUGCCAAACUGGUGAGGUCCGUCCGCUGCAUCAUUGGCGAUCCGGCACCCCCCUUCGGGCAGCCUGGCCGUCCUGUCUACUCCUCGUGUCAAAUCCCGGCCACAGCAGAGGAUGCGUGCACCAGCUGCACAUACAACCCCUGCACCUUAGGCUCGUGCAUCAGCGAUGGCCUCGGCUCCUACACCUGCGUCUGCCCUCCCUCGCACACCCAAGGCAACACCGCCAACGGUCUCCCCACCUGCCGGCCGCCUCAUUGCUUCCGCUGGCAAGACUUCAGAUUGGUGGGCUCGUCCUUCUAGCGUGGCUGUCAAAAGGGACAACUGGAGCUGUGAGGACGUUUAUCCUGUCUAUGGACUCACUCGUGAACAGUUCACUUCACAGAACAAGGAGGACACGUGCGCGUCAGUGGCCGAAUUCCUCGGCACCACGCUGGAGUCCAUCCAGCAACUCAACCCGGGCGUUGACUGCUCCUCCUCCACUCCCCUCCCCUCGUCGCACUCCCUGUGCCUGGAGCGCAACCCUGCCUUUGUGGGCUACACGCCAAGCGCCGACAGGCUGGAGGUUGUGAGCAGCCGUGAGGGGUGCAGGCGCGUGGUGGAGAAGUCCCACGGGAGCGUCGAUAUGCUCCAGCUGUUCCGCCUCAACCCCGGGCUGCUGUGCAGCGACGCCCUGCCUGCUGCUGGUGUGCGGAUCUUCACCGGAACGACGUAUCAUCUUUGGUCUGCAAACGCAGAUGCCCAGGGCUAGUCGGUGAAAGUCCUGCUGCUCCACGGCCUUCACCAACUAUUCUAGUGGUCUUGUCUUUUUGUGCCGUUGACAAUGUGUGCCAUCCCCCAUGUAAUCCUCCGGAAGCCUCCAAGAAGGGAGGGAAGAGGAGGGAAGAGGGGGGAAGUGGGGUGGGCUGGGAGAGAGAGGGUGUGUCCUAAAAAAGUACUUUAUUGUGGGUGUAUGGUUAGCAGGUGGGAUGGGUAAGUACACCAUUGUGUGGGCAGGGGUUUAUCACUGGGACUGCUGGUGUUGUGGUGACUAGUUCAUGCCUCAGGGCGUAUUCCUAAGAACUGGGAUCAGAUUCAGCCUCGUACGGUACUGUGCGGUGCAAAUGUUGGAGUCACGUUUUAGUGCAGUUCAAAUUGGUUCUGCACAGAUCUGAUCCUGGUCCUGGUGCAUAGGAAUGCGCCCUUAUUGUGGGU